AUGGACAUAUCACUAUCAUCCUUCGGCCCCCACGAGGCAGUCAUACUUCUUAGCAUCAUUAUCAGUCUUGCCAUCUUAAUCUACAAAGGGAACGACAUAAUCCAAUCCCGUCGUAGUUUCCGCUACGCAAGCAAACUACCUCCCGUAUCAGCAAACUACGAACCUAGCGACUUCAAAACACCCAUCCCAUCCCCAUAUCCUGGUUGGUCCAUCGAAAAUACAAAGCCUCUACCCUACCGAGCUUUUCGCUAUGGACCGAACUACCAAGUUACCAUGGGUCUACGGACCUGUCCGGUAGAAGAGUGGAUUGAACUUGAUAACCAUUUUCCCAAAUAUCACGCUGAUAAAGCGGCGAGGAUUGCGGAACGUGGGACAAAAUGUGUUGAUACGCAUCCUGAUGCGUAUCCUGCUGCAAUUGAGCUCUUGCAGGAACUUGCAGAUUAUCUUCCUGCGAGAUAUCCGAGUCUUUAUGUACGGACUUCCGCGGGGAUCAAGAAUAAAUGGUCUGGCGAGGAUUUCAACAUUGUUGAGAGACCGUUAGCUGAAGAUCCUAUGGCGAUUUGCGCGCGUCUCAUUCAAGAUGAUCUCGCCAUCAUGGUCGAACGUCCCGACGGUCAAUAUUACCUUCUUGCAGGAGCUAUUCUUCUUGCUGGCUUCUGGCGUUUGUCUGAUAAAUUCGGCAUGUCCCUCUCAGACAUCCACACAUCAGGCGACGUCCCUCAUUUCCGCGAAAAGCUCGAGACAGGAAUGUGCAAAUUCUUCAAACGUCUUCGUCCUGAAACUUUCUACAACCGAAACAAUUACUUCCUCCAAGUAGACGAUGGUUUAGCCUGGAGCUGGAGUAUCGGCAGUGAAGACGCACCAUCUGUGUCAUGGAGCACAGCUGAGAAAGACAAAGCUAUUGAACACCACAUGUUUCGCUCCGAGCGUCAGAGUCUUCGUCGAUUACCCAAGACGGGAGCUGUGGUGUUUACCAUCAGGACGUAUUUCCAUCCUGUUACGGAUAUUGCGAAGGAGGAUUAUGUACCGGGACGGUUAGCUAGUGCGGUGAGGAGUUGGGAUGAUAAGGUUGCUAAUUAUAAGGGACGGGCGAAGUACGGGGAUGUUUUGUUGGAGUAUCUUGAUCGGGAACAUGAGAAGCAGAUACAGAGGGGAUUGGAUGUUGAGAAGGAGGGGGAGAUUAGAAAGUAUCCUUGGUAG